AUGUCGUCCACUCCACUUCUCAGUCAGAAUGGCCUCCCUGCUCCUGUCAUCAUGCAGGACCACCCCGUCUUCCUCCGGUGCAGCCAUUCCCCGUGGCGAUGGAUUCCUCAGAACGCUUUAGUCGGCCUUCGUGGUUGCGUCCUCGCGUACCUUGUGGCAACGUCAGUCAUGACGGGGCACUACAAGAUGAAUGUGGAAGAAUCAGAAGACAGUCCGUUGGCCAACAUGUUCGACUUUUCACUCAUAUCUUAUGCCAUGACCUUCAUGUACCAUUUGAUCACGUUUGCGUGGACAUUUACUCACCUGUACUACCCCGAACCGAACGAGGUAGAAGGCCGAGCCGAGAGAUGGAUCAUCAAGACCAUGUCCCUACCGCGGAAUAUGGCAAGCCAGCGGAAGCAAUUCCACUUCAACUUGUUCUACAUUAUAACCACAGUGUUUUGCUUCAUGAACACCACCAUCUACUGGUUCGUUACCAGGCAGCACGACGCAGGUGAUGCUGCCAAUGUGGCAUCCAAAGUCGCUGCCAAUGUGAUUGGCGCUUCUGUGAACAUGUCUUCAGCGGCUACUAUUCCAGACACACCAUUCAGCGACCUGUUUGGCGAAGGAUGGUUCCCGGGAUUCAUGAAGAUCAAUAUGCAUGCCAUCAACUCCUGCAUAAUGACUAUCGAAUGUUUCUUCUUCAAUAGCAUCAAGAAACCUCAUGCUAUCGGGUCAUCCAUUCUCUGCACGGCGGCCCUGUCUGGGCUUUAUCUUGUUUGGGGCGGUAUUGGCAAGUCCGUCUCCGGCAAGUUUCCCUUUUUCUGGAUGGACGAGGAGCAGGUUGGUUCCAAAGAAGCCGUGUCAGUCUACUGCACCGGAUUCGUAGGGCUCUCCGUUAUGAUGUUCGCCCUGAUGCAUGGAUUUGUUGGUAUUCGUGAAAGCCUUACUCGACGUUCUGAGUCUCGUGGCGCCAACGAAAGCCUCGACUCCUGA